AUGGGGCUCUUCGGCGGAAACCAGAUGCCCGUUGAGGGCAAGACCGUCCUCAUCACGGGCGCCUCAGAAGGAAUGGGUCUGUCCGUUGCCAAGCAGCUUUCUGGCAAGGGCGCCAACGUCGUCCUCGUGUCUCGCGGCGUCGAGAAGCUAAAGGACGCUCUUGAAGCCGUCAAAGCAGCCGCCAAGGACAAGGGCAAGCAGCGCUUCCAUUACAUCGCCGCCGAUGUCUCUGCGCCGUCCUACGCUGCUCCUCUCCUGGCUGAGGUUAGGCAGUGGAAUGAUGGCAAGGCGCCUGACAUUGUCUGGUGUAUUGCUGGCAUGUCCACUCCGGAGCUGUUCAUCGACAUGGAAAUGUCGUCUAUGCGUCGCCAGAUGGACGUCAACUUUUAUGGCACGGCUGAAAUGUCCCAUGCCAUCCUUAGGGAAUGGCUGGCACCUGAUGCUCCUAUUGAGAAGGAGCCCAAGCAUCUCAUCAUGACUGCCAGUGUCCUUGCACUGUACACCAUCCCCGGCUACGCACCUUAUUCUCCUUCCAAAUGGGCCAUGCGAGGCCUGGCCGAUACCAUCUCUCAGGAGGUCAUGAUGUACCCCCAAAACGUCAAAGUCCACGUCGUCUUCCCCGGAACCAUCCUCUCGCCUGGAUACUCACGUGAAAUCCUUACCACACCAGAGAUUACCACAAUUCUCGAGUCCAGCGACCCCCAACAGACUCCUGACGAAGUUGCUGAAGUUGCCAUCAAAGGACUGGAGAAUGGCGAGUACUUUGUGACUGUGGCCUGGCUCGGUGCGCUUAUGAAGUGGGGGAUGCUGGGUGGUUCGUUCCGCAAUAACUGGUUUGUCGACACUGUCAUGGCAUGGUUUGUCUCUCUCAUUUGGAUAUUCGUACAGCCUGAUCUUCAUGGAAAGAUCAGAAAGUACGGCAAGACCCACGGCCACCCUAGCAAGGCCAAGCAGGAUCAUCAGGCAUAA